ACGUGGAGAGCAAAGAAAGUGUACGACUCCCUGGUGGAAAGUCUUGUUCAGUUGAUUUCUCAAAUCGGCUUCUGAAGUUCUGGAAGGUCAAUCAAUUUCCAGUCGAGGCCAGUGUAUUCACCAUGUCGUUGCUAAAACUUAGUGCAGUCGUGCUGGUCGCUUUCUGCGCAGUUACCUUGGCUGCGGAUCCCAACGACCGACUCCACUCACACCUUGGUGGUGACGAGGAGCAUGUUACUUCUGAAGGCGAUCACAAUCCAGAUUUCGAUCAUGAAGCAUUCGCAGGCAGUGAGAACCAGGAGUUCUCCCAGCUUCCACCAGAGCAAGCCAAAGAAAAACUCCGUAUCAUGGCAAUGAAGGUUGAUGUGGACGGCAAUGGACGCGUCACCAAGGCUGAGCUGACCACCUGGAUUGUCAAGCAGAUGAAGAGAUAUGUGGAAGAUGAUGCUGACCAACAGUGGAAGAACUUGAACUUCAACGAGGACGAGCUCGUGUCAUGGGCAGAGUACAAGAACGGAACGUAUGGAUCCAUGUCUGAAGAUGGUGCCGAGGGCGAGGAAGACCAGUCGUUCAGUGACCUGCUGACCCGCGAUCGUCGUCGCUACGACCAUGCUGAUAUCAACAAUGACGGCGUCCUGAGCCGUGUGGAGUUCUCUUCCUUCCUUCACCCCGAGGAGGAUGAGCAUAUGAGACCAUUGGUUGUUGAGGAGACCCUGUCUGACCUCGACAGGAAUAAGGAUGGAUUUCUGACUUUGGAGGAAUACAUUGGCGAGGUUCACAAGGAGGAGGAUGGCUCGGAACCUGAAUGGGUGCAGGGUGAGCGUGAGCAAUUCAAUGAGCACCGCGACCUCAACAAGGAUGGAAAAAUGGAUAAGGAUGAAGUGGCUAAGUGGAUCCUGCCCCAUGAGGACGGACAUGCAGAUGAGGAGGCAGCUCACUUGAUGACAUCGGCAGACACAAACAAGGACGAGGAGCUGACCAUCGACGAGAUUGUCGACAACCACGACGUGUUUGUCGGAAGUCAAGCCACCAACUACGGUAGUCUUCUUCACGAAGAGCUCUAACUGCCGCGCUGCCAGCAAUGAAAUGCGCGCUGGUGUGCAUUUGUGUUCUUCUGCGGCUUCAUAUAACCUACGGCGCUGUAUGUUCUGCUGUGCGGUUCUUUGCCGCCUUCAUUUUACUUUUAUUCCCUACCUGCAUCCUUCCCCUUUUGAACAAAUUCUAUUGGAAAUAUGUUUUGACUUAUGCUUUGGUACUAGCACCGUGCUAGGUUGCGGUUUCCUGCAUUCAAAGGGUUCAAUUUGCACUAGUACUGAAAUCACCGAACGACCGCGACGUGCGGCAUGUGCUUGUGA